AUGGCACCGUAUGUGGCAUGUUUGAGAGCCAAUGCACGCGGGAGGUGGUUUGGGCGGGAGCUCGUCGAGGUCAUCUCGACCGAGUUCCGGAGCUACUCGGAGGAGUAUGCCACCGCAGCUGUGGCGGACGGCCGACUGGGGCUGGUGCGCGAUGGUUGUGCUGUGGCACCUGGUGGUGAUCUUGUUGUCCGACCGCACGAUGUGCUGUUCCACUCACGACAUGUUCACGAGCUCCCGAUCGCACUGCCCGGAGACGCGGCAGAGCCGGCACCGAUCGAAGUCAUCGACGCGGAUGGUGGCGUGGUGGUGGUCAACAAGCCGCGCGGCAUGCCUGUUCACCCGACGGGCCGGUACUCUCGGUGCACGGUGACGACGCUGCUGGAGGAGGAGUUCGGCAAACUGCAUCCGGUGCAUCGGCUCGAUGCACCGACGUCGGGCGUGAUUGUGCUUGCCAGGACGGUCAACGUCGCACGGGAGCUCCAUGCCUCCUUCCGGAAACAUUCGGGAGCAGUGACGUCCAAAGAGUACCUUGCACAAGUGGAAGAUCCUGCCCUUCUGCCGUUUGAGCAACAGUUUGUCAUCAAUGCCCCGAUCCUCGAGCCGACCGGCGCUGACUACGUCCGGCGGACAGGACAGGGCGGACGCGAGGCACGGACCGAGUUUGAAGUUGUUGACCGCCGACGUGGCCUCGUGCGAGCCAGGCCCAUCACAGGCCGGACCCACCAGAUCCGUGUUCAUCUCGCGCAAGAGGUGGGCAGCGCUAUCGUGGGUGAUCAUCUCUACGGGCGCGAGGAGAGCGUAGCGCCUGAUGUCGCUGUUGCACACGUCGCUCAACUGCAAGAUCAAGGAUACUUUGCGAGCGCGAGCGCCGAUGCCUCGGUUGUUGGCGCCUGUCCCGUCUGUGCGUCCUCGGGAGGUAGCAGUCAAGGUGAGGCGCUUGUCGCGGAUGUGCCGCAGCGCAUGUUUGCACCUGCGCGGCUGGCGCUUCACGCACACCGUGUCGGACUCGACGUGGCCGGGCUGCGUCGCGAGUGGGAGGCGAUUCCGCCCGGGUGGGCUAAGUAGAAGGGAAGAAAAGGGCGCCGUCACUGCUGAGGCGGUAGACAAUCUCCGCGAGCGAAUGGUAGGCGUGGGGCCCAAGGUCAGGGCCACGAUGUACGUGUUCGAGCCACUCUGGUGGGGUUCAAGCGCACGGACGAACUGGCAUGUAUUGUUGGCAAGAGCGUCGUCUAGCACUGAACAAGGCCGGGCCUGAGCCGGUCUCGGAGACGGGCUUAGGGAGGAGGGGCUGCGCAGCAGCGAGGCGACACCAGGCUAACCACUUCGGCCUCGGGUGACAGAACUCAAAUUCCAGAAUAUCGGAGCUGUGAGUUGGAUACUAUGAAUAUGGAUAAUGUGUGCAUGCAGUGAGAUAGUUUUAAAAUCAGAUUGGCUAUG